AUGGCACCCAACUCGACGAGCACAUCCUUCGUCGAUUUUGAUCAUCCCAUUCUCACGGCCUGGGGGUCGACCGCCUCCCAGCUCCUCACCUGGAGCCAUGCCUGGAAGCUCUUGCUGCUGGCCGUGGUGCUCGUCAACCUCAAGGCCUUCCCAUUCAUCUAUCACCUUCGCAUCCUCAACGGUGUCCGGUUUGUGCUCCGGUCGCAACGUCCCAAUCCAGAUAUUCAGCCGGAGCAGCUCUUCCAGCCGCUGGUCAUGUCUUCCCGGGCCUGUCAGAUGGAAGUCGACGCGCUCGGCCACAAGUCCAACAGCACUUAUUUCGCCGACGUUGAUGUCGCUCGUGCUCACUACAUCAGCACCGUAUUUGGCAAAGGCAUCGAACGCAUUCGAGGCGACACCAGCCCGAACUUCCUGAGCAAGAGACCUCGAAGCAGCUUCACAGUCGCCCUGGGCGCCGUCAGCUGUACCUUCCGGAGGGAAAUCAAGCCCUACGAGAAAUACGACAUGUGGACCCGGAUCCUCAGCUGGGACGAGAAGUGGCUGUAUGUGGUCACCCAUUUUGUCUCCAAGGGCGCCCAGAUCGAGCCCAAGUCAAUCUCCUUGUAUCCUCGGCAGCAGCAGAAGGCCCCGCAAGACAGCAAUAACCACGGCGACGACGACCCAUUCUACCGCCCCGAGCCCUUCUCUCCCGGCAGCCAACUCCGAUCUGCCAAAUCGCCGGUCACGGCUUCGGCGUUGAGCAAGGUCGUGUUCAAGAAUGGGCGCAUCACCAUUCCCCCGCAGGAGAUGCUCAAGAUGUGUGAUCUCUUACCUGUGGUCAGCCCGGCAGAUGGCGGUGAUGAGAAACCGCAAAUCAGUCAGGCUGACAGCAGCAGUCCCGAACGAGCUAGGCUCGCCGAAGCCAUUGAGGCCGAGCGCCAGCAGGGACUGCGGCAGGCGACUCUGCUUGCGGGCCAGAUAGAGCUGGAUCAGGAUUUCCACAGCGACGUGGCCCUGGGAAGGCACUACGAUGGCCUCGGCAUCGAGGGUGUGGUGGCCACUCUGGCGCAACUGUUCAAGAUUUCUUCGUAUCAGCUCAUUUGA